ACGUUACCCUACCACCGAAUCCCAUGGCUUUGUAUGAUUGUCCCAUGUUCAUAUGCUUCUUUUUGCAAGGUGCAAACACUUUGAUUUCAUCCCCUUUUUACUUUCCUGAUGCAACAAUGUGCAUCUCAAAUAAUUCUCAAGCAUCCGAGCUGAUGACACUGACAGUGACACACACUGGGAUCCGAUAUAUUCAGUGACCAGCCCACUAUCUCAGUCGUCCUCACCAGCGACGAGCCAAGAAACCCAAGCCAUGGGCACCACGGAGCACCAUGCCGCCGCCGAUGCCAUCGCCGAGCCGCUGCUCCCCUCCUCCACCGUGGAGGUGGAGCCAGCCCCGCCACGCCGGAACAUGUUCGCCUUCGUCUGCGCCACCCUCGCCUCCAUGACCACCAUCCUCAUGGGCUACAAUCUGGCGCUGAUGAGCGGCGCGGAGCUGUUCAUGCGCGACGACCUGGGGCUCACCGACGAGCAGGUGGAGGUGCUGUCGGGGUCCAUGAACAUGUUCAUGCUGGCCUCCAUCCUAGCCGCCGGCUGGGCGGCGGACGCACUCGGCCGGCGUGGCACAGUGGUGCUCGCCAACGCGUUCCUCAUGGCGGGCGCGCUGGCCAUGUCGCUGGGCGGCAGCUUCGCCUCGCUGAUGGCCGCGCGCUUCGUCACCAGCGUCGGCGUCGGGUUCGCCGUCGUCGUCGCGCCGGUCUACGCGGCCGAGAUCGCGCCGGCGUCCUCGCGCGGGCUCCUCUCCUCCCUCGUCGACUUCUUCAUCACCGCCGGGAUCCUCCUCAGCUACGUCUCCAACUACGCGCUCGCCGGCCUGCCGCUGGGGCUCGGCUGGCGCGUCAUGUUCGCGCUGGGCGUGCCGCCGCCGCUGCUCCUAGCCGCGGGCGUGCUCGCGAUGCCGGAGUCGCCCCGGUGGCUCGCCAUGCGCGGGCGCGACGACGAGGCGCGCGCCGUGCUGGAACGCACCUCCGACGCGCCGGCGGAGGCACUCGACCGGCUCGAUGAGAUCAGGCGCGCCGUGGCGGCGCAGGUGGGCGGCGCGGGCGUGUGGAGCGAGCUGUUCGUGCGGCCGUCGCCGAUGGUGCGGCGGAUCAUCACCAACGUCCUCGUGCUCUACUCCUUCCAGCAGGCCUCCGGCAUCGACGCCAUCGUGCUCUACACCCCGCUGGUGCUCAAGAAGGCGGGCAUCUCGUCGACCAGCACCGUCCUCGCCGCCACCGUCGCCGUCGGGCUGGUCAAGACGCUCUCCAUCUUCGUGGCCACGUUCCUGUCCGACCGCCUCGGCCGCCGCCCGCUCCUCCUCGCCAGCGCCGCCGGCAUUGCCGUCACGCUCACGUCCUUGGGGAUCGCGCUCUGCUUCGGCGCCGGCGACGGCGAGACGACGACGACACCGACGCCCGCGGUGGCGGCGGCGUGCGUCGCGUCGGUGCUGGCGUUCGUCACCGCGUUCUCCAUCGGCCUCGGCCCGCUGGCGCCGACGUACAGCGCGGAGAUCCUGCCGCUGCAGCUGCGCGCGCAGGGGAUGAGCCUCGGCAUCGCGGCGAACCGGGUCACGUGCAGCGUCAUCAGCAUGACGUUCAUCUCGCUUGGCAACACCAUCACCAUGGCCGGGUGCUUCUUCCUGUAUGCCAGCACGGCGGUGGCAGCGGCGGUGUUCAUCUACGUGCGGCUGCCGGAGACCAAAGGCCGGAGCUUGGAGGACAUAGGCGUUCUCUUCGCCAAGUGAUUACAAGGAUUAGUUAUUGUGGAAUAUCUACUACUCCAACACUUAUUUCGACAUAUUCAUGUUUUGUCAAGUUCGUAAAUCAUAAUCCAACCAAUAGGUUUCAACAUGCAUGCUUUUGAAUAUAUAAUUGAUAACUUUUACAUAAGAUAAGAUACUAAUGAUUGUGAUGUGAUUGCGGCUGGCAAAAAAGGCUUCCACUAGUGAAUGGAAAUUUCAGUGGCUUCCAAAAUUUCAGACAAGUGUUGUUCAAAUCUUGUAAGUUUUAUCUUGUAUUUAGAAUUCUUAUAGGCUAAGAAAUAAAAAAAAGAUUAAGAUUGCACGGA